AUGGAGCCGAGGGCCAUGGAUGAUGACGCUUCAGCGACUGGCGAGGCCGGGCCCAGGCCGCCCAAGCGACAAUCCCUGGGGACAGAAGGCCCACGGCGACCAAAGCGUGGCAAGUACACACCGGUAGCAUGCGACCAGGUUCGGUCUCUGAGCGAUGAAAUGGCUCAACUCCGCCAGCAGGUUGCCGACUUGGUGGGCACUGUCAAGCAGCUCAAAGACCAUUCGCCGCGUCCCGCCUCCAUGGCGCUGCAGUCGCCGGACACGACCAUUGUCCAGUCUCCCUCGACUGCCCAGAAGGAAGCUGCGCCGAAGCAGCCACAGUUCGUCGGGCCCACCAGACCGUCCUUUGGCCUCCUGGUGGGCGAACGAUCCUUGACGCGCAUGGGCAUUCCGACCUUCGAGUCCCCCCCUCCGAGCGGCGCCCAGUCUCCGGCCGAACCCCUCCGGGAGAUAACGUCCGAGGCCGAGUUCUGGCAUCACUGCACACCGGGCGAGAUGGCAAGGCUACUUGCCGUCUUCGAGGAGGUCGAGUCCGUAUACCCUUUUAUCGACAUUGUCGAGCUCGCGUCUCGGGCACAGCAAAUCCUCGACUUUAUCCGAAGCGGCAAGUCGACAAGCGGCGAAGUACGAGAGGAAAUGCAGCUCCCCGUGAGCGCCAGAGAUGUUGAAAUGGCCAAGGUUGCCAUAGCCACCGCCCUGGCCGUUGAGGCGCACGGCAAAAGCAAGUUGAGUGCCACAAUAGCCGAGACCCUCCUGACUAUGCUGAGCAUUUACUACUUCCACUGCGACGACGAGCUACUUGCGUGGCGCACCAUUGGCAUUGCUGCCCGCGAGGCUCUAGAGAUGGGUCUGCAUCGCCGAAAGAGCUUGUUUGACAACUUCAAGGACCCGGACACUCGUCGCCUGGCUACACGCGUCUUUUGGUGCGUCUACGUGCUGGAUCGCCGAUGGAGCUUUGGGACGAGCCUAUCCUUUGCGCUCUCAGACCGCGAUAUAGAUCCCGGUCUCCCUGAACCGGAUUCCGAUUUCUGCUACCUCGUGCAUGUCCAUUCCUCCCAUCUCCGACUCCGACACCCGCGCCUCGGACUCGCGGCACGGACCCAGCCUCGCGUCUUGCACCGGCUCCGGGCCUUGCUCUACCUGCGCGGAAAUCACACGCGCAUCUCCGUCUACCAGCAUUAUCUCUUCAACACAACCAGCAUCACGGCGAACCUACGAAGCGCAUGGCUGGUGGUCAACAUUGCGCUGGAUAGCGUGCAAAUCCUGGUACACUUGAACGCAACCACGGACAUCUACUCGCGGCAGCAAAACGCCUUCAACUACUUUUUGGUCAGCGCCAUGGCGGUGAUUUUCCUCGCAACGGAUCCGAUGAGGACGGACAAUGGCAGCAGUCUUUGGGAUGCGCAGACCACCAGUGACAUAAUACCCGAGACUGAGAUGAGCAACUCGGUCCCGGACAUGUUUCAAAUGAGAAAUGAUCUUUUGGACAUUUUCGAUGCCCUCGGACAGGGCCAGCACUUUCCAGGAGAGUUUGGUGCUCACUUCUAUGGUCCCGAUGACACGGAUUUGUUGAAUGGAAGGAGGGAGAUUCUCGACGACUUCAGGGAUUGA